AUGGGGGUUCCAGGUGCUUUGGAUGAACCAGCGCUGGUAUUGGGCAACGUUGUGCCAUGGAGACCCACUCCAAAACUCAGCAGAGUGGAUGCGCCUGUGGACACACCCCCUCUCGUUGUUCUGCCCGGUUUUGGCAAUUGUUCCAAGGACUAUGAGUGCCCCAAUGGCAACCCAGAUGACAGCAUGGUGGCGGUUCUCAGGAGGAGGGGCUUCAGGGUCUAUGUGGCCCAAGUAGAGCGCAGGGACUGGCUGAAUGUGGGGCGCGCAAUUCUCUCCAGAAAGUACUGGGUCGGCCUCUGUACAGUAGACCCUGGUUACAGGUGGUACUUGGAGCGUAUCCAGCAGGCUGUGCACCUGGUUGGGCACUCAGCAGGCGGCUGGCUGGGCCGCGCAUUUGUCGCAGACCCCCUGUACUUUGACUCCCCAACAUGGGACGAAGGGAUCCCCCACCAGGGCAUCAGCAGCCUGGUCACUCUGGGGACGCCGCAUGUGCCGCCGCUGGCCACCUCCGGCCGUGACAUGACUGGCGGCGCCCUCACCUGGGUCAACCUCCAGUGGCCAGGGGCCCACUUUGCGGACAAGGGUGUGGGGUACAUGUGCGUGGCCGGCUGCGCAGUACAAGCAGACAGACACGCGCCAAGAAACUCCAUCGAGCGCUACGCCCACAGCAGCUACAGCCAGGUGUGUGGUGAUGGGCAUGGGCACAUGGGGGACUGUGUGGUACCUGUGGCAAACGCCCACCUGCAGGGUGCGAAUAAUCUGGUGCUGGAGGGCGUCUUCCACAGCAUGGGCACUCACAAGGGCUGGCCCAUCGAGCACCGCUGGUACGGCUCCAAUGAUGUGGUGGACCACUGGGCGCACUGCCUGGUAACCCAGUGA